AUGCCCCAGGACACCCAGGCAGGCAAGGAGCUGAGGAUGGAGACCAGGGAGGACAAAUCCCCACAGCAGAACCUCGUGGAAGAGGCUGUUUUGAGUGGCUCCACGGCACAAGAAUCCAAGAGGGUGGAAAAGCACUGGAGAUCUCACAUGAGGAGGCACUCCAAGGCCAGCCCAGGGUGCUCUGAAGAGGAAAGACCCACCCUGUGCCAGGAAGCUGGACCGAGCUUUAGCCAGGGCUCAGAGCUGGUGGUGCAUGAGCAGCCUCACGAUAAGAAGAAGCCCUACAAGUGCUCGGAGUGUGGGAAGAGCUUCAGGCAGAGCAAUCACCUGCUCCGCCACCAGAUGAUCCACACUGGGGAAUGGCCCUACAAGUGUGGGCAAUGUGGGAAGGGCUUCAGCUGCAGCUCCGACCUGAUUGUGCACCAAAGGAUCCACACCGGGGAGAGACCCUAUGAGUGUUCUGAGUGUCACAAGAAGUUUCGGAUAAGCUUCCAUCUCCUUCUGCAUGAGCGCAUUCACACAGAGGAGAGGCCGUUCCGCUGCCCUGACUGCGGGAAGGGCUUCAAGCAAAAUUCCCACCUCGUCACCCACUGGCGCACACACACCGGGGAGAGGCCCUACGAGUGUCCCCAGUGUGGGAAGAGGUUUCAGACCAGCUCCCAUCUCCUUCUGCAUGAGCGCAUUCACACAGAGGAGAGGCCGUUCCGCUGCCCUGACUGCGGGAAGGGCUUCAAGCAAAAUUCCCACCUCGUCACCCACUGGCGCACACACACCGGGGAGAGGCCCUACGAGUGUCCCCAGUGUGGAAUGAGCUUCACCCAGAGAUCUGCCUUGACCAAACACCAACGGAAGCACCAAAGGAAGAAGCCCUACAAGUGCUCGGAGUGUGGGAAGAGCUUCAGGCAGAGCAAUCACCUGCUCCGCCACCAGAUGAUCCACACUGGGGAAUGGCCCUACAAGUGUGGGGAAUGUGGGAAAGGUUUCAGCUGCAGCUCCGAUCUUGUCAUCCACUGGCGCAUCCACACUGGGGAGAGGCCCUACAAGUGUCCUGAGUGUCAGAAGAGGUUUCACACCAACUCCACUCUCCUCAAGCACCCGCACAUUCACACAGAGGAGAGGCCGUUCCGCUGCCCCAACUGCAGGAAGGGCUUCAAGCACAACUCUGCCCUCAUCAUCCACCGGCGCAUCCACACCGGGGAGAGGCCCUACGAGUGUCCCCAGUGUGGGAAGAGUUUUCAGAGCCACUCCAAUCUCCUCAUGCAUCAGAGGGUUCACACAGAGGAGAGGCCGUUCCGCUGCCCUGACUGCGGGAAGGGCUUCAAGCAAAACUCUCACCUCGUCACCCACCGGCGCACUCACACUGGGGAGAGGCCCUGCGAGUGUCCCCAGUGUGGGAAGAGCUUCUCCAAGAGCUCUCACUUGGCCGAACACAAACGGAGGCACCAGUAA